AUGGCCGACCUUUUAGAAUCGGAUCCAAACUCUGGGGUUCAGUCAUCAGAAGAGGAUCAAGAUGUCCCGGUGGAGACCCUGGUCAGCGGGCGGGCGAAAAGAAGCACCGCAGGACGGCACAUGUCUGCCCUCCUUGAGGCUGCAGCAGAUGACGACCUAGCACUUCUCUUCGAGGAAGUUGAAGACGAUAACGAGUUCGCGGAUCUUGUCGACCCCGACGCUGAGGACGACGUGGCCCUCGAAUCAUCGGACGAUGAAGACGACCAAGGGCCGAACGCGCAAAACGACUACGAAGGCGAGCAGCAAUUACAAAAGGAGGAGCGCAAGAAGCGCAAAACACAAAACGACCUUAGAUUCCAAACCCUGCGCAAACGAGUCAAGAUUGAUCCGACCGCCGUCUCGUCCAUGGCUGCCGUGCCUCGCGCGAAGAAGAAAUCAGAGCGGAUCUCGUGGAUUCCCACCGUGGAGGAUGGGCCUACUCGCCAGUCAUCGCGUCGGCAAACGAUGGUCAAUAAGGAGCUCACGCAUGCUCGUUUGAAGGACAGCCAGGAGAAACGAGUGCGCAUCAUCGCGACCAUGAAGGAGGCAGAAAAACGGAAAGCACAUUUGAAGCCCAAGGAGAUGACACAGGAAGAUCACCUCGCGGAAGCUGCCAGGAUUGAACGGCUCAACAGCAAGAGUCUCAACCGCUGGGAGCUAUCUGAAAAAAGAAAGGCGGACGAACGACGAGCCAGGAUCGAAGCACUCCAAAACCGCCGUCUCGAUGGUCCAGUCAUAUCCUACUGGAGUGGCAUGGCUACUUUCACUAAUGGACGUCUGACGCGAGUGGGCACAGUCGACAUCAAACCCAAACCCGACAAAGAAGAGGCACGGAAAAAGAAGAAGGAGAAGGAAGAUAAAGAGAAGGCGGCGGCAGAGCUACGUGCAUUGCAGUCUGCUGCUCCUAUCGCCGAGAACAAUGGAUUGCCCCCGGUCGCUGGUCCUUCUUCCACCACUCUCACGAAUACACCACAGCAGUUGCCUGGUCCCGUUCCAGUUGGGGUUGCUGCUGCCCCAGACUCGUCAGCUCCACCUCUUCCUGGACCCCCGACAGAUCAAGAGCCACCCGAGAGAACCGCUCUAUCCGAAAAUGCUACAGCCCCAGUUCAAGGGGCACUCGACACUGCCAAUACCCCUGUGGCCUCCGAGGAGGUGAAAACCAGUCAGCCAGAUACGAAGGUUUCCGAACCGACGCAAUCCGCGGUGGUGCCGAAUUCCGACCAAGAAAAGAGCAAUCGUGUAGAGCAGCCCCCAGUGCAACAAAAUGCACCAGACCUUCCCUCGGGGCAAGAUAAGGACUCUGCGAAACAAGUAUCCUCGGAGGCAGCACCUGUACCACCGCCAGCAGCAAUCAAACCCAAACGCCAAUCAUUUGCAGUGGAGGUUACUGUACCCCGCCAUUUAUCCCAAUCUAACAACAUUUCUGCACGCGAGUCACCCGGACCAUCUUUAAUAAAGACUAACGAUGAAAUGGAGAUUGAUCCCCCCGCAUCGGCUGCCGCGGUUACAGAGGGUCCGGGGGUCCAGCAAUCUACGAGCAAGUCAGAGUCGGCCACACUCAAUCCUGCCGGGGCCCAAUCUAUUGCGGCAGAAACACCGCAAACAAGUGCUGAAACGACUGUACCUUCAAGAUCGCUGGACGAAUCUCAGCCUAUUGAAUCGGUCACGUCUAUCAGCCCUGUAGUGGCACUGGCCCCUCAUGCCGCGCCGGCCGCCGUGGUACCUACUCAAGCCACGGUGCCCGAAAGCGCCCUCCCUCCGAGCCUAAACCAACCAUCCACCUUGCAGGCCGGAUCACAUCCUCCAAAUGUGAAGAUCGAACCACCUGCGCCGGAAGUACCUCCACCACCUCCGGUGGUCGAGACUAUGGGGCGCACCGUCACGAUUUUGGAAAACUUCGACUAUGCGACGGCGCAAAAGUCCAAGUACAGCAUGUACUUCAAUGCCAAAAAGCCACCCCGGCUGACUAAAAUCUCGUCAUCACUUUGCGUCAUUACCUCAUUGCCUUCGCGGUACCGCGAUCCAGACACCGGUCUCCCAUACGCCAACUCCUACGCCUAUGGGCAAAUCCGCCGUCUCAUCACCGAAGGGUAUAUCUGGAGUGCGAUGCUGGGAUGUUUCGUGGGCCCGGCCGAGGCAGCCCGUGGAGUCCCUGAGCGAUUUUCAUUUGCCAGUAAGAUGGGCCCUAGCAGGGUUCUCCUCGACCGUGGCCUGGACGAGCCGAUUCCAGAACUUCCCAAGGCACCCGCUGAGAUUCCAUCGACCCCUACCCCGGCGACUAAACCGCCUCAAGCGCCUCCAUCAGCGCCGGAGCCAAUGAAGAUCGAUUAA